ACACAGUCGGCCCGCGCGGACAGCGACGCACGUCUCGCGACACUCGCCCUCCCGCCGGUGAACCAACAGUGACUUGUGUGAAUCUUGUGAUCGGCCUGUGAAACUUAAACUUGUGACGCGCACUGCGCAUCAGUGAAACAAAUAUACAUUGGAAGUGAACAAUUUAUUGUUUUGUUACAACGGAGCUGUCAGAUAUUGUAAACACAGCACACGUGCUGCCGGCUCGCAAAAAGCGAGAACCCAAAAUGACGACGAAGGGUAAGCGCCCGAUGCGCGCCCUGACGCCCGGCGACAAAAUCGAGGCAAUCCAGCGCGUCAACGAUGGCGAGUCCAAAGCUUCGGUAGCGAGAGACAUAGGCGUACCAGAGUCCACACUCCGCGGCUGGUGUAAGAACGAGGACAAACUGCGCUACAUGACGUCACGACUCUCCUCGCCCGACACCGAUAAGAGCAAUGACGGAGAACCGCCCGACAAGCGCGCGCGCACCGAAUCGCCCGCUGCACCACAAUCACCGCCCACCGGACUAGACUUAACAGCGCCACCAGCAACUGCGCCAUCUCACACCGCACAUACUGCCACGCCCGAUGCACCCGUCGAGCUCACCACCAAGCGCGCUGAGCCCUCGCCGCCUACUACACAUGUACCCCGUGAACGCCGCCCCGACCCUGGCGCUAGUGUCUCCAUGAGCGCUAUCAGUCCUCUCUCCGGGCUCGGUCAUAUACCCGGUCUGACGCACUCACACCUCGGCCUCAGCUUCAAUGAAAUCGCCACCAAUCUCACUCUCCUCGCGCAGCUCAACCCCGGUUUGUCUGCGUUAUCCGCCCAACCGGCUAGUCGUGCCCUGCGUUCCGUUCGUUCGCCAAAACCGGCACACAACGGAGGACUCGGUUUGAACGAAAUGAAACACCGCAGCAAAUCACACCACCAUUCCGACCCGUACAGAUCGAGUAUGAAAUCGAGUCAUCACAGCACACCCUCGACGACAGCUAGCCAACCUGUAGAUGACACUUUAUGGUACUGGCUCAAAACGCAACAGGCAAUGCUCGAUCUCACCGCUCAAACAAAUACGGCACACUCUCUUCAGCUCGGUAAAGCAGACCCAACCUUACCAGUAAAACCGGUUACUCCAGCGACACCGAUAAAUUCACAUCUGGACUAUAACAGGAACUCCUGGUUGUGGCAGUACUACAAACAAUUCGGGGGUGCGAUGGCAUUACCAGAGGAUAAACUUAAAUCUGCAUCACAAGUACCGAGAGAAAAGGCCGCAGAAAACAUCCUGUAUUCGCAAUUAACUAAAGGCAAAGCCGACGAGGAGAGGAGUACAACUAGUCCAGUGCAAUCUACAACUCAAAUAAGGAAUGAGGAAAUUCGAGAAACAAACAAUAAAGAGCCGCGGGUCGCCGAACCGGCUGUAAGCCCAGAGAUCGGUGUUGAGAACAAGGAACCGAUUACAGAGAAGACUCACGAGUCGAGUCGAAGUCAUACAAAAGCUCGUACGGUGUUAGACAACCUAUUGUUUAACAACAACAAUCAGCCAGCUAGCGCGGACGGGGGGGGAACGGAAGCCGGUGGAUGGGAAGCUGACGCGACGGAAGCGUUAGAGCACGGGGAUAAGUUCCUAGCAUGGCUGGAGAUGAGUGGCGACCCGAGCGUGACGCGUAUGCACGUGCACCAGCUGCGCGCGUUGCUGCACAACCUGCGCUCGCGCCGCGCUCCGCACGCCCCGCAGCUGGCCGAGCACGAGCACCCGCGUCGCAAAUAAACGCUACAGGGACACUCAAUUAUGUACAUAGUAACAUCGCCAGUAAGCGUUCACUUGUGAUAUGUGUAGCCAAAUUUGCGUAUUUCUUUGUUCUAAAAGGAAAGUUAUGCGUUAUUUCUCGUAUAAUCUUAAGACUUAAUUAAAUAUAAGCUCCAACGCUUCUCUCGAAGCUCACCGCGCUUUGUCAGACGACUACGUCGUUAGUUAACCCGUCUGCGAACUUAAUAGACGAUAAAAGUUUGAGUGUUACUGGUACGUAGUCGGCGUUACUUUCUUGCACAUUGUUACGUGGUUAGACUAAGUAGUACAGCUGUAUGUUGCCAUUCGACAAUUACUUACAUUCCUAGUUGUACCCUACUAUAGUUUAUAGUCGGAUCCCCUGUGUUCUACCUCAAGUCAAAACUAAAUACUAAGUCACGGCGUCCUUUCGCCAGCGAGGCGCGCCGACGUCGCGAGCGCGAUGGGUGACGCGCGUGCGAUACCAAAUAUUGAAAGGACGACAUUUUAUUCGUUGUGCCAAUCUUAUGGACAAGGUAAUAAUUGUUAAGAUAUAGAUGACUAUAUUGCGUUAGCGCUAGGCACUCGUUGUAAUUGUUUUCUAUUGCUCAGUAUUUUAUAUAUUAUAGACAUAUUCUCGAUGUCUUGACGCGGAAUUGUAUUAUACGUUAAAGUUAACAGUUAAGGACACUGUGAUCAAAAUUAUAAAUUAUUGAGAGAUUAUUAAAUAUUGUAAGUACAUUCCUAAUUAAUAGAGUGUAUUAUCAUAAUGUUAUGAGAGUUUGUCCAUUGGUUGGUGGCGUAGUAGAGACUACACAAAGCCACCGACGUUUAAAUAAAAUACAAUUAAAUAUCUACUAGGUGAAGUUCAAAGAAAUUGUCCUUUCCACUGAAGAUAAGAAUUAUUGAUUUGCAUUUCAUGUUAAUUAUAUUAGCUCUACUGAAAAUUAUUCGAGAUGCGAUAUUUUGUACAAAAUUAAAAAUUGGAUUAUAAAAUGAUUCUCUUGUCACAGAGUUUGAGAUCUCGAAAAUGUUAAAUAAAUAAACUUGAUU